AUGCUGGAAGUGGAACUUGCCAUCGGCGCCGACCAUGCCGGAUUCGAACUGAAAGAACAACUGGUACCAUGGCUCCGGUCGCUGGGCCAUGAGGUCGUGGACCUUGGCGCCCACGAAAUGGACCCCGAUGAUGACUACCCCGACUUUGCGGCGGCGGUGGCCGAAGCGGUGCAGUCGGGCAGGUUCGAGCGAGGCAUCGUCGUUUGUGGAAGCGGGGUAGGCGCGUCAAUCACCGCAAACAAGGUGCCCGGGGUACGGGCGUGCCUGUGCCACGACACCUACACUGCCCACCAAGGCGUCGAGCACGAUCAGAUGAACGUGGUGUGCUUGGGUGGGCGGGUAAUCGGCAUAGAGUUGUCGAAAGAAAUCCUGGCCGCCUUCCUUUCAGCCAGCUUCAUUCCGGAGCCAAGGUUCCAACGGCGGCUCGACAAGCUCAUAGCGGUAGAGAAGGGGUUGCGGGGGGAAUCCUCCGGCUAA